AUGAAACAUUCACGAGACCUACCUCCGUACACGGCGGGCUUUGGCUCCAUGAUCGUUACCCACCAACUCAAAAACAGCCCACCACCAGUGCCAGACAAUAUCAAUCUGAGCGGAAAAUUUGCCAUCAUCACUGGCGCGAGUAGUGGGCUCGGGCUUGAGAGCGCCAAACAACUGUUGUCCCUAGGACUCUCGCAUCUGAUCAUUGCUGUCCGGUCUGUCCAAAGGGGGACGGCUGUGCUGCCCAGCUUAAAAGCAGCCAACUCGAAAGCUAAAAUUGAGGUCUGGGAGCUGGAGAUGGAGUCUUAUGACUCAGUUCAGAAAUUUAGCCAGCGGUGCGAGCGAGAGCUGGAGAGGAUCGAUAUCGUCAUUCUGAAUGCAGGCAUAUCGGUACUGGAGUUCAGCACAGUUGUCACUGGUCACGAAAUAACGAUGCAGGUCAACUACUACAGCACCUUCCUCCUCUUGAUUCUACUUUUACCAAUUCUCAAGGCCAAGGCUUCCGGAAGAUUGGUUCCUCGAAUGGUGGUCAUCAGCUCGAUAAUGUCUCAAUUUGCCAAGUUCGCCCACAGCGACAAGCGACCCCUUCUAGCAUCGCUCGAUGACACAAAUAUUGUGCCCUGGGAUAAGCUUGACAGGUACAACAUCUCCAAGCUGGUUGGGCAGAUGUUUGUUGCGAAGCUCUGCGAACAAGUAUCUGCCAAGGACGUCCUCAUCAACAUGGUUGAGCCGGGCUCGGUCAAGGGGACAGGGCUGUUUCGGAAUGCUGGCGGUAUCGUCGCAGUCGCAUUCAAAGCGAUGUUUGCCCUGACAGCCCGGACUGUGGAAGUGGGUGCUCUAACGUAUAUGGAUGCCGCGGUCGUCAAGGGAGAGGAAUCACACGGUUGCUUGAUGGUGAAUGGUGAAAUCGCUCCGCUGGCCGCUAAAACCUAUGGCAAAGAGGGAGAGGAACUCAUGGAGGUGGUGUGGAAGGAGACGGUUGAGGAGUUUGCACCCUUUGGAUGCAAAGAGAUUUUAGACAGUCUCUCUGCGUGA